CGAGCUGGGAGUCAAAGAAACCGGGAAAUCAUGCGUCUACCUUAGCCAAUUCGCUCCGUUCAUUGAUUCAUCUGAUACCCAAGUUUUGGAGUCGAACGUGGUGAAAACUUCUUAUCUUCAAGAGUGCGCACAAAAGAAUGACAAAAGCUACACCUUUCUUUAUUUUGUGCUUAGCGGUCGCUUCCCUAAAGCAUGCUGGAACCUUGGCCUUCCAGGCUGGACCAGGUAGCAGUGUCGCAAUCCAAUCAUCAACUGUUGAUGUGAAGCGCCUGAUUAAGCAUGAAAGAAAACUUUCGAAUGGCGCCCAAAAUUCGCUGAUCCCGCUUUCGGCUUGGCCCCUUAUACUUGUGUCAUCGCAGCCAUUGUUGACCGAGGAUGAAUGUUCAAUCAUUUCACACUACUGUCAGCAGAAUCUGUCACCAUCUGGCACGGUUGAGAUGGAAGAAACUUUUUCUCGGGGCGCUCAAAUUUUACAGCGAACCCAGCAUUUUUUGGAUGACAUUCUCGCUCGUCCGUGCGGUGAAGCGCCUGUCUUGCCCCGCUACCUGACGUACACUUCUAGCGACGCACCAAUCGACUCGGUUGAAGCUCUUCUGCCGGAUGGUCUACAUGUAGACACCAACAAUGGAUUCCUGUUUCGAUACUUGACAGUCUUAUUGUAUUUGACUGACUGCGAUUCAUCGGCGACAACAUUUCCGUUGGCCAAAUCCAUCACGACUGUUUCCAAAAGUGUUUCGAAUAGAGAGCGCGAAGCUGAGCUUCUCCUGGCCGCAGAGGAGUUGUUGGAUACCAAUACUCACCACACCGGCUUCGACGAAAGGGAUACCAAGUGUCGUCAGAUAGACGAAGCAGCUUGGCACGUAUAUAAAAGAAACGAAGCAUCUUCAUUUGGCUUUCGGGUUUUACCUCGUCAAGGGUACAUUACAGCAUUCUUUGGUAUCGCAGCGGACGGUAGCCCGGAUCCACGAUCAUGGCAUGGUGCCGAAGCCUUGGAGCCCGGAGAGAAGAAAGACAUUUUAACGUUUUUCUACGAAGUCCCGUUUACAUUUUCCAGUAAGAAUGAAUUUGCUCGACUGGUAGGUGAGCGGAAACAGGCACUAUUGGAACGGCAUGGUUUGUUUCAGGCUGGGAACAUUAGAAACGCUGACGAAUCACGUCGAUGACAGGAAAAGAUUUUGUCCUUUCCACUGCAUAUGAGUUUUUUAAAAGGUAGUUAGUGCGGAUAAUUGCCACAAUUGUGCCGGCAAAUUAAUUCUUUGCAUUCACAUUU